AUGGUCAAGCCCCUUACCUUCAAAGGCGACAAGCCUAAGAAGCGCAAGAACAGAGACGCCGAUGGCGAAAAGAUCCCCAAGGCCCGUAAGACGGCAGCGCCCGAGGACGAAGAGAACGACAACCCCGAAGACCAGAGCUGGGUAUCCGCCGAUGCGCCGAGUGACUUAGCCGGUCCAGUCGUGCUGGUCCUCCCCUCCGAUACACCUACGUGCAUUGCCAGUGACGCCAACGGCGUCGUGUUCGCUUCCGAGCUGGAGAACCUGAUCGAGAACGACCCCGGGACGGCGGAGCCGCACGACGUGCGACAGGUCUGGGUGGUGACGCAGAUUGCCGGGACCGACUCUGUUAGUUUCAAGGGUCACCACGGGAAGUAUCUUAGUUGCGAUAAAUACGGCCUCUUAAGCGCAACCGCGUCGGCAGUCUCACAUCUCGAGUCGUUCGUCGUUGUACCCUCGCCCGAAGUCCAGGGCACGUUCUCUCUCCAGACGCACGGUGGGGACUCGGGCUUAUUUCUGUGCGUGAAGGAGAGCACGAAAGCGGCCGCUGGCGUGGAGAUCCGGGGCGACGCAACCGACAUCUCAUUCGACACGACUCUGCGUCUUCGGAUGCAGGCGCGCUUUAAGCCCCGGGUUCGGAAAACCAAGGAGACGAAGGCGUAUGAGAAAAUCAGUAAAAAGGAAUUGGAGGAGAUGGCUGGGCGCAAGCUUGACGAUGACGAUGUGAAAAAGCUGCGGAGGGCUCGGAAGGAUGGUAACUUCCAUGAGGUCAUGCUGGACGUGAAAGUCAAGGGAAAGCAUGAUAAGUUUGCAUAG